AUGGCACUGGGGCAUUAUGGCAACUGGAACUCGAACCCACCCGCACUUGCUCUUUCUUUCAAUGUUCAAUGUUCUUCCUCCACUGACUCAGACACUUCCCACCAGACCCCAUAUUGCUCUGUAGACAGGAUUGGACUAGCCAACAUUAUGGUGCAUUGCGUGUCACGGCUGUGCACAUCGAAUUGGAUGGAAGAAAGAAGCAGAGCGUGGCCAACUGACGCGCAACCAUGUUCUUGGGUUCUGGAAAGAGCAACAUUGAAUGCUCUAUGCGUCAAAGAAAUGGAAUCGGACCAAACUUCUUCAAUUGGGCCAGGCUACUACAGAGGCAGAUACCAUGUAGAUACAAGCUCAUAG